GCAUGCACUUGGGGUGUAGCCUAUGAAGUCCGUGGGGAGCAAAUUGCUGCAUCGCUCCAGUAUCUCAAUGUGAGAGAAGCUGUCCUGGGAGGCUAUGACACCAAGUUUGUGAAGUUCCACCCUCAGGAGAAAGAUGCAGAGGAACCCAUCCUGGCUCUUGUUUACAUUGCAACACCCCAGAACCCUUCUUACCUUGGCCCAGCAUCUGAAGAAGACAUUGCAGCUCAAAUCAUUGUCUCAAGUGGUUGUGCAGGUCAUAACAUUGAGUACUUGCUGAGACUGGCAGACUUUAUGCGCUAUUUUUGUCCUCAAGCAGAGGACAAACAUCUCUUCUCUAUUGAAGAGGCUCUUAUUUCCAUCCUUCCAUGUCUAUACUACACAGAGGAGUCUCUAGAAGAAACUGCAACUGUCCCUCAGAAGUCUAAGGGCUGAAUUGAAAUUUUUUUGCAGGGUUCCAGUAGAAGGGACAUAAGGGAGAGAGCAAUGGGGACAGUCUGUGCUCUGAUAAAAUAUACUGGACUGAGUGAAUAA